AUGACCUUGGAAUUGGAAGAUGGGAGUGCCUAUCAGGGGUACUCUUUCGGGGCCGAGAAGAGUAUUUCUGGAGAAUUGGUUUUCCAGACUGGCAUGGUGGGAUACCCGGAGUCUAUAACGGAUCCUUCGUAUCGGGGGCAGAUAUUGGUCAUAACAUUCCCCCUAGUAGGAAACUAUGGUGUUCCGGACAGGGAGACACGAGAUGAGCUGCUCGACUCCCUUCCAUCGUACUUCGAGUCGAGGGAGGUUCACAUUGCGGGAUUGAUCACGGCUUCGUAUUCAGGGGAAGACUACAGCCACUAUCUAGCAAAAAGCUCUUUGGGAACAUGGCUCAAGGAGCGGGGAGUUCCGGCUAUCUACGGUGUCGAUACUCGAACACUCACCAAGAAGAUUCGGACGCAGGGGAUUAGUGCUAGGUCCCCUAUAGACCGUGAUUGGAGGCAGGAUUUUGAAUCCCAGGAAUGGGUAGAUCCUAAUGCCAAAAACCUUGUGGCUGAAGUAUCCAUCCGGGGACCCCAGAUCUUUUCCCCUCCAGUGGACAGGGCGCUCAAGAGGCCAGACGGAAAGCCAAUUCGGAUCGUUUGUGUCGAUGUCGGCAUGAAAUUCAAUCAGCUCAGGUGUUUUCUCUCCCGUGGCAUUGAGGUAAAGGUUGUACCAUGGGACUACGAUUUCCUGAAGGAGGAGGAAAACUAUGACGGUCUGUUUAUUAGUAACGGUCCUGGCGACCCAGCUACCCUAAAGACUACUGUCGACAGACUUCGAACAGCAAUUGAAGUUGUUAAGACGCCAAUCUUCGGUAUCUGUCUAGGACAUCAACUUCUCGCCCGAGCAGCCGGUGCAGAAACUGCUAAGAUGAAGUUUGGUAACCGUGGGCACAACAUCCCGUGUACUAACUUGCGCUCUGGUCGAUGCUACAUCACCUCUCAGAACCAUGGUUUCGCGGUCAACGCCAAGAGUCUGAAGAGUGGCUGGCAGGAACUCUUUGUCAAUGCCAACGAUGGCUCAAAUGAGGGUAUCUGGCAUACACAGAAACCGCUUUUCAGUGUUCAAUUCCACCCUGAGAGCACACCCGGACCCAAGGAUACCGAAUGGCUUUUUGAUGUCUUUAUAAGUGCUAUUCAGAAAACUCAAGGUCCUAACGGGGGAGCUGCGUUGAGCCAGCCAGUUGAGAUUCCCGGUGGGCUCAUUGAGGAUAACGAGAGGGCAAACCCGAAGGUCAAGGUCAAGAAGGUGUUGGUAUUGGGGAGUGGAGGCCUUAGUAUCGGACAAGCUGGAGAGUUUGAUUACUCUGGGAGUCAAGCCAUCAAAGCUCUUAAAGAGGAGGGCAUUUACACUAUUCUUAUUAAUCCUAAUAUUGCAACGAUCCAGACAUCCAAGGGUUUGGCAGACAAGGUAUAUUUUUUGCCCGUGACUGCUGAGUUUGUCCGAAAGGUCAUCCAGUAUGAGCGCCCAGACUCCAUCUAUGUUACUUUCGGUGGUCAAACAGCUCUCCAGGUCGGUAUCCAGCUGAAGGAUGAGUUCGAAGGAUUGGGCGUGAAGGUUUUGGGUACACCUAUUGAGACCAUCAUCACAACCGAGGACCGAGAGCUUUUCGCCCGAGCAAUGGAAGAAAUUGGAGAAAAGUGUGCUAAAUCUGCCUCUGCAUCCUCCGUCGAGGAGGCCAUGACUGUUGUAAAGGAUAUUGGCUUCCCUGUCAUUGUCCGUGCCGCUUAUGCUCUUGGUGGGUUAGGUAGUGGUUUUGCCUACGAUGAGGAUCAACUCCGGGACCUGUGCAACAAGGCUUUUGCUGCUAGUCCGCAGGUUUUGAUUGAGAAGAGUAUGAAGGGAUGGAAGGAAAUUGAGUAUGAGGUUGUCAGAGAUUGCCGUGACAAUUGUAUCACCGUGUGUAAUAUGGAGAACUUUGAUCCCCUUGGUAUCCACACCGGUGACUCGAUUGUCGUUGCCCCCUCUCAGACCCUUUCUGAUGAGGAUUAUAAUAUGCUUCGAACGACGGCGGUAAACGUCAUUCGUCACCUAGGAGUUGUCGGAGAAUGCAAUAUUCAAUACGCCUUGAACCCAUUCUCGAAGGAAUACUGCAUUAUUGAAGUCAAUGCCCGUCUAUCUAGGUCCUCGGCAUUGGCAUCGAAGGCUACAGGUUACCCUCUUGCAUUCAUUGCGGCGAAGUUAGGUCUCGGAAUUCCCUUGAAUGAAAUUUCAAACUCUGUCACGAAGGUCACUUGUGCUUGCUUCGAGCCUUCCCUUGAUUAUGUGGUUGUAAAGAUCCCUCGUUGGGACUUGAAGAAGUUCACUCGUGUGUCGACUCUUCUCAGCUCCUCCAUGAAGAGUGUCGGAGAGGUUAUGAGUAUUGGUCGAACGUUCGAGGAAGCGAUCCAGAAGGCGAUCCGAGCCAUUGACUACAACAACCUUGGUUUCAAUCAAACAAAAGCGUUGAUGAGUGUCGAUCAGGAGUUGCAAACCCCUUCUGAUCAGAGAUUGUUUGCAAUCGCCAACGCCAUGCACUCUGGAUAUACUGUCGAGAGGAUCUGGGAGCUCACCCAAAUUGAUAAGUGGUUCUUAAACAAACUCAUGGGGCUUACCAAUUUCGGGAAAUUGAUGUGCAAGUACAACGCUUCCAGCAUUCCUACUUCCCUCUUCAGACAAGCGAAGCAGUUGGGAUUCUCUGACAGGCAAUUGGCAGAGUUUUGGGGCUCCAAUGAGGUUGCUGUGAGGAGCUUGAGGGUUGAGGAGGGGAUUAUGCCUAGUGUAAAGCAGAUUGAUACCGUUGCGGCCGAAUUUCCUGCCUUCACUAACUACCUUUACCUCACCUACAAUGGUGUUGAGCACGAUGUGGAAUUUGAGGAUAAGGGUGUCAUGGUCCUUGGAUCCGGCGUUUACAGAAUUGGAUCUUCCGUUGAGUUCGAUUGGUGUGCAGUCCGUGCGGUUAGGACUCUCCGUGAGAUGGGAAUCAAGACCAUCAUGGUCAACUACAACCCGGAGACUGUCAGCACCGAUUAUGAUGAAGCUGACAAGCUCUUCUUCGAGAACAUUAACUUGGAGACAAUUCUCGACAUUUACCAGCUCGAACAAUCCAGCGGUGUAAUUAUUGCUAUGGGCGGUCAGACACCAAACAAUAUUGCUCUCCCUCUUCACCGCCUAAACGUCAAGAUCCUGGGAACAUCACCGGAGAUGAUCGAUAGUGCGGAAAACCGGUACAAAUUCUCCCGCCUACUUGAUAGAAUAGAGGUUGAUCAGCCGGCGUGGAAGGAGUUGACGAGCAUUGAAGAAGCUGAAGCGUUUUGCGACAAAGUCACUUAUCCUGUCUUGGUCCGCCCCUCAUAUGUCCUUUCGGGUGCCGCCAUGAACACUGUCUACUCUAAGGAUGACCUUGCCUCGUACCUCAGACAGGCGGCCGACGUUUCCCGAGAGCAUCCUGUUGUCAUCACUAAAUAUAUUGAGAACGCAAAGGAGAUCGAGAUGGAUGCAGUAGCUAAGGAUGGCAAAAUGUUGAUGCACUUUAUUUCCGAGCACGUCGAGAAUGCUGGUGUCCACUCUGGUGAUGCUACUCUCAUCCUCCCCCCUCAAGAUUUGGAUCCAGAGACUGUACGCAGAAUCGAAGAGGCUACCGGGAAGAUCGGAAAUGCCCUCAAUGUCACUGGUCCGUUCAACAUUCAAUUCAUCGCUAAGGAUAACGAGAUUAAGGUGAUUGAGUGCAAUGUCCGUGCUUCUCGGUCGUUCCCCUUCGUAUCGAAGGUUAUGGGCGUCGAUCUUAUCGAGAUGGCCACGAAAGCAAUUUUAGGCUUCCAAGUUGACGCAUAUCCUAAAAUCGAUAUUCCAAAGGACUAUGUCGGGAUUAAGGUUCCCCACUUCAGUUUCUCUCGCUUGUCUGGAGCUGACCCUGUUCUUGGUGUUGAAAUGGCGUCUACCGGAGAGGUUGCUUGUUUUGGCCGUGACAAAUCUGAGGCCUAUAUCAAGGCACUUAUGUCCACUGGUUUCCGCCUCCCUAAGAAAAACAUUUUGCUAUCCAUUGGUUCUUUUAAAGAGAAGAUGGAGAUGCUCCCUUCAGUCAAGAAGCUCUUCCAAUUGGGCUAUAAACUCUUUGCAACGGCUGGUACUGCUGAUUUCAUCCAAGAGCACGGGGUACCCGUACAGUACCUUGAAGUUUUGGGCGAGCAAGAUGAGCCCAACGGCCAGAAAACUGAGUACUCUCUUACUCAGCAUUUAGCAAAUAAUCUCAUCGACCUUUACAUCAAUCUGCCCUCCAACAACCGGUUUCGCAGGCCCGCCUCCUACAUGUCUCGAGGCUAUCAGACCAGACGUAUGGCCGUUGACUACCACACCCCAUUAGUUACCAACGUCAAGAACGCGAAGCUUUUGGUUGAAGCACUUUCACGCAAUCACAAGUUGAAAAUUGAUAGCCUUGAUUACCAGACUAGUCAUCGUACUAUCACUCUUCCGGGGCUUAUCAACAUUGCCGCCUUCGUUCCUGGCUUGGCUAAGGAGGACAGCAAGGACUUCGAGCUGGUCACUCAUGCAUCCAUUGCCUCUGGUUUCUCCAUGAUUCGUGUCCUGCCAUUGGGUGUCGAGGGCAGUCUCACAGAUGCUACGGCUCUUGAGGCGGCAUUGGCUAAUAGCAAAUUGGCGCACUGUGACUUCAACUACUCUGUGGCAGCAACUUCCACCAAUUCGCAACAACUGAGUACUCUCACCUCUCGCGUGGGAUCGCUCUUCAUACCCUUCAACCACCUUUCCGGCAACAUCAAUAAGGUGGCUACAGUGACCUCCCACUUCGGGGUAUGGCCAGCGCUCAAACCUAUCAUGACUGAUGCAAAAACUACGGAUUUGGCCUCCAUACUCUUGCUUGCAAGCCUACACAAUCGCAACGUACAUGUUACCAGUAUCACCACCAAGGACGACAUCAAGCUGAUCGCAUUGAGCAAGGAGAAGGGACUAAAGGUCACUUGCGAUGUUGCUGUUUAUGCACUUUUCCUAUCCCAGGAUGAUUAUCCUACUUGCCCCGUUCUCCCCACCGCAGAAGACCAAAAGGCUCUCUGGGACAACCUCGCCAUUAUCGACUGUUUCUCUGUUGGCAGUUUGCCCUUCCAGCUUGCUCAUGACAUGAAACAGGAUGUCAACGCGGCCUUCGGUAUCGCAGACACACUUCCUCUUUUGACCACUGCUAUUUGUAACGGUCGAUUGACAAUCGAUGAUCUUAAGAUUAGACUACACGAUAAUCCUAAGACUAUCUUCGACCUUCACGACCAGCCAACUUGCUCUGUCGAGGUUGAGAUGGAUAGAUCCUACAAGGUACAGCCAGGCGAUGUCUGGUCUCCUUUUGUUGACCGCACUCUUAAGGGGGCCGUGCAGAGGGUCACUUUUAAAGGCAAGACUGCCGCCUUGGAUGGAUAUAUCAGCAGUGAUGGGUCUCACGGCACUGCCGCCUCCGUCCCCAAUCCUGUUGCUGCGACCUCAGUGGCAUCCCCUCAGUUACGACCCGAGAGUUCGCAUAGCCGUCAGAACCUUUUGAGCCCAAGACUGGCUGGCCGUACUCAGUCAUCGGCCCUGGAUUCUCUACCUGCGCUCCAAACCCCAUCAAGCCUUCUUGUCAACCAUUCCGAGGCAUCGCCCCAUUUCCAACUAUCUGCGCCAAUGAUUCCGGCAUCCCUUUCGGAGCUGCUUUCUCGCGAUUCCAUGUUCAAGCGUCGCCACAUCUUAUCAGUCAACCAGUUUAGCCGUGCAGACUUGCAUCACCUUUUCACGGUUGCGCAAGAGAUGAGACUCGCGGUGGAGAGAUGGGGUGUAAUUGACCUUCUCCGUGGAAGACUUCUGUGCACAAUGUUCUUCGAGCCGUCUACCAGGACUUCAGCAUCAUUCGACGCAGCUAUGCAGCGGUUGGGUGGAAGAACCGUAGCUAUUUCUGCUGCUCACUCGAGCUUGAAGAAGGGAGAAACUCUUAAGGACACAAUACGAACUUUGGCCUGCUAUGGGGACGCUGUUGUCCUAAGACAUCCCGCAGAAGACAGUGCCGCUGAGGCAGCAAGGUUCUCCCCAGUCCCCAUUAUUAACGGAGGAAACGGAAGUCUUGAACACCCGACUCAAGCGUUCCUCGAUUUGUUCACUAUCCGUGAGGAGCUGGGAACUGUUAAUGGAUUGACCAUCACGUUUGUCGGCGAUCUCAAAUUCGGCCGUACGGUUCACUCCCUCGCCAAGCUAUUGCAGCAUUACCACGUUCGCAUCAACUUUGCCUCCCCCCCGCAGCUCUCAAUGCCAGCCACCGUCCGUGAUUCUCUCAAGAAGGCUGGAAUGGAGGUGAAAGAGUACCACGAACUCAUACCAGACCUUGUCGCUAGCUCAGAUGUACUUUAUUGCACUCGUGUCCAGAAGGAGAGAUUCGCAGAUUUGAACGAGUUUGAGAAGUUGAAAGAUAGCUUCAUUAUCGACCACUCGGUUCUAAAGAAUGCGAAGAGCCACAUGGUUGUCAUGCACCCGUUGCCCAGGAACGCUGAGAUUGGUGAGGAAGUGGACUAUGACCAGAGGGCAGCGUACUUUAGACAGAUGAAAUACGGGCUUUACUGUAGGAUGGCUUUGUUAGCUUUGGUUCUCGCUUGA